AUGCCCUGGCACCGGGUGCGGGUCUGUGCAAACAACCGGCCGGUCGGUGGCCCCGAGGGGCUGCACCCCCGGUGCUGGGGCGGCAGGUCUCGUGCUUCCCUUGGUCAGACCUCCUGUGGUCCAGAUGACAUCAUAAAACGCCACAGGAAGGAGCAGACAGAUGCCAGCACCACGGGGAACAGGCAAAGGCAGCAGGUGAAGAACAGGAAUUUGGCUUAUGGGUAUGGAAGGCCCCGUUUCCGUGCCUGGAUGCAGAGGAAUUUGCAAGGACCCAACCGUUUUAGAAGAGGGUUUGGACAACAACAAUACAAUCGAAGACAGUUCAGAAAUGCUGGUCCUGGUCCCAGGAGAAGAGCAGCUGCUUCAUUAAAUGGAGUGAGCCCUUUAAAUCGCCAGACAUCAGCUCAAGAGGGCAAGAAGAACAAUGAUGGUUUUGCCAAAAGCAGCAGCAGUGGGCAGCCCGAGGGACAGCAACGGCCACCCCCAGGCCCCAAGAGGUUCAGAGCAGCUGCUGCCAGCACCCACGCCCCAGGGAGAAGGCCCUUCCUGCUGAACAGAGGAGCAGCCUGCCAGCAGAAGCAGAUGCAGCAGCAGUUCUCCAAAGCCAGCUUUCAGAGAGGGCGGAUGGAUGCUAAUGGACAAGGGAAACCACCAAGGAUGAGAAGGUGGCAAGUGAAACCCAGCCCUGCAGCAGUUCUGACGGUGUCUGUGGCUAAUCCCUGGGCAGGCCAGGGCAGCAUGCCCGGAUCCAAGCGCCCAUUCCUGCGGAGCCAGAGGCCCCCGCCGCGGGCGGCCAAGCCCCAACCCAAGGGGGUGCUGCUGAGAUUCAACUUCCGUGCCAUGGCCAACCAGACCAGCCUGACGCUGGAUGAGAGGUUCUCUGGUCUGAGGAAUAAGAGGCGCUUUACAGCAGCCAGGAGUGCCGGCCGGACGGUCACCAUGCCUUAG